CGCCGCCUCCGCCGUGCAGCCGCGACCCCGGCCGGAAGGGCGGCUGCGCACGUGACCCGCGGCGGCCGGAUAUCCGGCUCCCGGGGCGACCGGGCGGAAGUGGAGGGGGACGCGAGCGCCGCGGUCGCCGCGAGCGCCCCGCCGUGCGUGGCCAGCUAGCGCCAUGGUGAAAUGCUGCUCCGCCGUGGGAUGCGCCUCCCGCUGCCUGCCCCAUUCCAAGCUGAGAGGACUGACCUUCCACGUAUUCCCCACAGAUGAAAACAUGAAAAGAAAGUGGGUAUUAGCAAUGAAAAGACUUGAUGUGAAUGCUGCAGGCAUUUGGGAGCCUAAAAAGGGAGAUGUUUUGUGUUCAAGGCACUUUAAGAAGACAGAUUUUGACAGAAGUGCACCAAAUAUUAAACUAAAGCCCGGAGUCGUCCCUUCUGUCUUUGAUUCCCCACAUCACAUACAGGAGAAAAGAGAAAAACUUCACUGUAGAAAGAACUUCACCAUUAAAACCGUUCCAGUCACAGAUCACACCCACCAGGUGGGUACUCCGCUGCGCGAUGAGGAAUUCCAAUCCCAGCUCACCUUUGAACAUAGCUACAGUGUAAUGGACAGUCCAAAGAAACUUAAGCAUAAAUUAGAUCAUGUGAUCUGUGAGCUGGAAAAUACCAAGGAAAGCCUACAGAAUGUUUUAGACAGAGAAAAACAUUUCCAAAAUUCAUUGAGGAAGACAAUCCGGGAACUAAAGGAAGAAUGUCUGAUCAGCCAAGAAACAGCCAGCAGAUUGGAUUCCUUCUGUUGGGAAUGCUGUCCGGAGCGCGGGAAGUGAGACUGUACUGUGAAAGGUGGCAGUUCCGUCCACCGGCGGCUGGCUCUCACCCAGCUUCUUAGGAAACGGCUGUCGGGCAUCGUCAUCGUCACUGAACAGACCGGCAGAAGCAUUCCGGGUCCUCCAGGCCGAGUGAGUCACAGCUACCCAGAGACUCCUCUGAAGGUAUGCGGAAAUACAUGCUAGCUACCAGCGUUUCUGUUUGAGACUUGUGGCCACGAUGUCUUACAGAUCUAACUAGUGCCAGGCCACUUACAAGGCGCUCAGACCUCAAGAAAGUUCUACAAAAAGGAAGGUAAUAACAUCACAUUUGCCAUGUUAAGCUCUAGUAGUAGAAGCUGGACAAUUCUUCAGCACCAUCAGAUUUGGGGCUUCAAAGAAAUACCUUUACUUGCAUAUGCUUUAUGUGUUGGAGAUGGAACCCAGGACCUCUGGCAUAGGAGACAAAUCCUCUACCAUUGAGCUCCACCCCACCUCUUCUCCAAACACUGUUGUGUGGGCAGACUGAGUAAGAUGAAGGCAUUCGUACCCUGCAGGGACACGGGAGAAUCUAAUAGCAAUAGCGUGCUUCUCAAAAUGUGUCUCACAAGCUGUCCUGCAGUAGCUCCCAGCUCUAACCCUAGCUAAUCAGAAAGCUGAGAUCUGAGGAUCCGGGUUCAAAGCCAGCCUGAGCCAGCAAAUCCAUGAGACUUCACCUCCAAACCACCCCCAAGAAGCCGAAAGUGUAGCUGUGCCAGCCACGUGCAGAAGGGCUGAGGGACCGCGCUUAGACCUGGGAUUGACGUACCAGAAAAAGGGGGUUCACAGACCGGCCUUGAGGGUCUAGAGCUGACAGCGUGGAGAUGAACUGACGCCGGAGCACGCCGCUUCCACCCGCCAAGACCGCGGCUGGAACAGCAGACGGCUCGGCAUUCGGGAGCCAGCGCCCGGCUCCUCCCGCCGCCCCGGCUGGCGACUCAAGCCGUCUGUGAAGCCGUCUGAGCUCACCUCCGCCGUGGUUUGUGGUCAGAUGGCAGGAAUUCCCCGCAGAUGGGUGGCCGGUAACUAAGCCUGCAGCUCCUGGGGGCGGAGACGAAGCAUGUGGAACGCAGCCUCGCCUCCGACUCCGCACAUCUCGGCCCCAGGCCUCUUAAAGCAGGGAGGAGAGCGGGAGGCCUGCCGGCUCGUGCAGGACUCCGCAAAUCCCCGCGGGGAGCUCAGCCAGAGGCUUGCAGGAAGUACACUCAACACGGAACUCCCACAGGAAGGGUGGCCGGUGCGGAUGGAAAGGGUAGGCCUUUAUAACAGUGCAAAAUGGAGGAACCUACCCUUGAAAUGGUGAGAAUGAAGAAAUUGAAGAAGAUACCAGAAAACAGAAAGACCUCCCAUGUUCAUGGAUUGGCAGAAUGAGCAUCUGAAAAUGUCCAUACUGGGCUGGGGAUAUGGCCUAGUGGCAAGAGUGGCUGCCUCGUAUACA